GUUUGAGGUGAACCGUAUGAAAGGGUCAUUCUACACUCAAAGGAGUCAUGACCCACAGGUUGAGAACUGCUACUGUUAAUCAUGUGUGUGUCCCCACUGGUUGCAUAGGGAAGGUGAACAGAUUAGACAUACAUGGCUUUAGUCUUCCUCCUUUAACAAACAUAGUAUUGAGAGUUUCAAUCUGACAGGAAAGUCAACUGUUUUUACAAUCAAAGGACAUCCAACUUAAUCUAUCAUCCAUCAAAAAGUGUGUCUGCUAGGAUACAGGAGCUCAACAGAAGAGAAACAAAAACCGAAACAAAACAAGCAAACAAAAACCAAACAAAUCCACCUUGGAGGGUUGAUAGAUGUCCCAUGAACUACACUGGUGGAAAAAUUUCUCUGUGUAUUUGAAUGAGGAAGAGAAACCAAGUGGAAAUGAAACCACAUGUGACAGAGACAUGCACAACUGGAUGGGCUGGAACAGUGAGCUGAUGGAUUCUCUGCCUGUGCUGUAUUUCUGCAAUGAAUGUAGACAAGUGAUUACCAUACACAUGAUGGCCUUAGAUCCAAAGAAACAGAGUUGGCGCAGUGAGGUGUCAAGUUCAAAGAAGACCCUGAAAAGAUCUAAGCCCGAUUUGAGCCAAAGCCUUGGGAGGAAGUUGCAACUGCCCUGGAGCCAAAUGCAUCCUGCAAACAGCCAAGUGGAAGAUCUCACACAGAAGCCGUUUGUAAAGGGUUCCCAGGUGGCUACAACACAGCAAACUUUGAGACUUCAGACUCCCAGCGCUCAUCUUCCCAAUGAUCCAUCCCAGGAAGGUGAACAUAUGACAAUGUUUCUAGAAGAAAAGGAGUUAUUGGAGACUCAACAAAACCAGGAUUUGGAAGUGGACUGGCAAAUAUCGUUUGACAGAGCGAUAAGCUCAGCUGCAAGCUCCUUUCCAUCCAUUGGAGAAGGGUAUUCUGCUCGGUGGGGAUUUUUUUUUCAGACACGUGGUGACUGAUGCUUGUGUCUCCGGAAGAAAUUUUGACCCCACUGUUGUACUGUGUUGGGAGAUCUGGAUUCCAGAACGUUCACAUGGAUUUCUCAGUGAUCCUAAUUUGCCCCUGUGAGCCUUCCUUUCACCCCACCACAAGGAGGAACAGUGAACCUCGUCUUCACUGAGAAAUGUGCUCUUCAUGCAGGCAACCAAACCAAAGAAAGAGAUGACCAGAUCUGUGUUAUGGAUCACUCCAGUGCUGAUUGGUUGGGGGAAAAGACUCCCCCAUGCUUGUCUUUUCAUUUUGAAAGGAUCAAUGGCUAUAAGCGUAUUAAGUUAUACUCUUGAUGUCAGAGAUUUUGUAAUCUAGUUGCAAGGUAAGAAGUCUGUGUAACGAGUUGACUUAAUAUCCGCAUAGGUGAAGUGGAAAGAGACUGGAUGGGCACACAAGUCUGCUUUCCUGGGACUUGGUUUUGAUCUGGAGUGAUCUCCCCCUUGGUGACCCCUUGGCUGGUUACUAAUUCUAAAUAGUUGUUUGGCAUUCUUUC